GCUGGCGGGCUGCAGGGGCCCGGAGCGGCGGGGCAGGGGCGGCGGAGCCGCGGCGUUCUGGGCGGCAGCGCAGGUGUCGGGAGGCGCGUGCGGUCGCUGGCGAGGCCGGGAGCCGCCGGGGGGUAACCGCCUCCUUCCUGCCCUGGCGGCGAGGCGAGCGCGGGGCCGCAGCUGCGGCAGCAGCGCCAUGUGGCAGCGCCGCCGCGAGGGACCGGGCCGCUGGCAGCUGGCAGCCCCGCCGAGAGCCGGGGGCCUCUGCCACCCCCCGCGGGGGCUGCGAGCAGGCGGGAGGGGAGCGCCCCGAGCGUGGGGCUUUGAGCUCUGCAGGUGCCCGAGCUACAGGUGGUUGCGUGGAUGCUCUUGGUAGGAUGUGGGUUGAAGCCCGUCCUCGCCAUCAGGAUGGCUCUUGGCAGGCUGCAGCAGCAGCGUUGGAGCCCCGGGGCAUGCAGGAAGGGCCCCCGCAGGGCAGGUGCUGUGGGGGGGGGGCUGUCUCCCCCCGGGGACAUCCGGGUGGCAGCCCACUGUGGCGAGGUGUGUGACGGCAGAGGCGCAGGCGAGGCUCAUAUUUGGGCACGGAGCAGGUUAUUGGAGGCCGCGGCCCCGCAGCCGGGAGAUGAGGUGCCUGAUAAAGGCUGCCCCGGUGCUGCUGCUGCUGCUGCGUGCACUGGCUCGGGCGCUGGCGAGAGGUGGCCUGGCUGCGCUGGCUGGGGGCCGGUGGCCAUGGGACCUCUGGUGGCUCUGGGGCUGCUCGUGUGCGUGCGGCUGUGCGGGGGCUCCGGGCAGCUGCGUCUGGUGGGCGGCGGCGGGCGCUGUGCCGGGCGCGUGGAGGUGAAGCACGACGGUGAGUGGGGCUCCGUGUGCGUCUUCGACUUCGACUGGGAGGCUCGCUGGGCCGAGGUGGUGUGCCGACAGCUGGGCUGUGGCCGGGUGGCCAGGGCGUCCCUGCACGCCCCUUUCGGACAGGGCAGCGGGCGGAUCUGGCUGCAGCCCUUCUUCUGCAACGGCAACGAGGAUGAGCUGGAGUACUGUCCGCACUUCGGCUGGGGCCAGCAUUUGUGCGGCCACGAGCAGGAUGUGGGGGUGACCUGCACAGAUGCUGUGGAGCUGAGGCUGUCGGACGGCAGCAAUCCCUGUGCCGGGAGGGUGGAGGUGAAGCUGCAGGGACACUGGGGCUCGGUGGCAGACGACAACUGGGACAUGGAGGACGCCGAGGUGGUUUGCCAGCAGCUGGGCUGUGGCUCGGCUUCCGGAGCCUCCUCCGCCCACGAGCACUUUGGCCUAGGGGACGGGCUCGUCAGCCUGGCCCUGGUGGACUGCAGUGGCGACGAGGCCACGCUCUGGGACUGCGAGAUCCGUGGCUGGGGACCCUAUAACGUUAGCAUCAAUGACUUUGACACCGCCGUUGUCUGCCAAGGCUUUUCACGGCUGGUUGGUGGCGAUGGAGGCUGUGCCGGGCGGCUGGAGGUGCGUCAGAGCCGGGCCUGGGUCGGUGUCUGUGAGGAUGAGGUGGACAUGAAGGUGGCCCAGGUGGUGUGCAGGGAGCUGGGCUGCGGUGAGGUGGUCGCGAUCGCCGGCAGUGGCCGUUUUGGGGCAGUGUCGGGAUCGCUCUGGGACGGGGGCUUCCAGUGCAAUGGCAGCGAGCCCCUGCUCAGUGCCUGUGUCCGGCGUCCGCCCCAGAGCCAGGGCUGCACCGGCCCUGCCAGCGUCAUCUGCUCCUCCUACUCGGGCUUCCGGCUGGGGAACGGCAGCUCGGGAUGCUCCGGGCGAGUGGAGGUGGCAGUGAGGGGGACGUGGGGCUCGGUGUGCGCCAGCGAGUGGGACCUGGCCGAUGCGCACGUCCUGUGCCGCCACCUGGGCUGCGGCCGCGCCUUCAGCGUGCCCGCGGGAGGCUCCUUCGGCAGCGGGGAGGGGCCGCUGCGGCCGCACGCCUUCGGCUGCAGCGGGAGCGAGCGGCACCUGGGCGAGUGCCCCGUGGCCGUGCUGGGGAAGCCCCCGUGUGCCCCUGGAAACGCCGCCGCCGUCAACUGCUCAGGUGUUGGCUUUGUCCCAUCCCUGAGGCUGGUGGGUGGUCAGAGCUUGUGCGAUGGGCGCUUGGAGGAGACCAUAACCAGCCCAGCCUGGCGCCGUGUGCCUCUGGAGCAGUGGAAGUCAUGGGAUGUGUACAUGGUAUGUGCGGUGCUGGGCUGUGGCCUUCCCAAGGAUGUUUACACUGCCUUGGGUAGCCCUCCUACAUCGAGCAGCAGCCCUAGCGAGGUGGACAUCAUGACUGAAGAGAUGGACAGCAUUUCGGGCAUGGGCCCUGCAGCAAACAGCAGCCUUGAGGAGAUGGUCAUUGUCUGCUCAGGCAGCCUGCAGGUGAGGCUGGUGGGGAGCCCUGGGCGCUGUGCCGGCCGUGUGGAGGUCUAUUCCGGAGGCAGCUGGAGCUCGGUCUGCGGGGAAGGCUGGGAGCUGCAGGACGCGGUCGUUGUGUGCCGGGAGCUGGGCUGUGGCACGGCCCUGGAGGCCCCGGGCUGGGCGCGCUUCGGUGCCGGCACGGGGCCGCUGUGGCCGUACAGCCCCGACUGCUCCGGCUCCGAGGGGUCUCUGUGGGAUUGCGGGCGCACGGAACGGCGCGAGUGCGGGAGCGGCGGCGGGGCAGGGGCCGUCUGCUCAGAGCAGCUCUCCGUGAGGCUGGCAGAGGGCCCUGGGCGCUGUGCCGGGUUUCUGGAGGUCUCCUACAAUGGCACCUGGGGCCGCGUGUGUAUCAACGGCACCAGCAACGGCACUGCUGCCGCCGUCUGCCGCCAGCUGGGCUGUGGGGACAGGGGCUGGCUCUCAGGUGUCCCUGCCCAGGAGCCGACCGAUGCCUGGCUGGCCUGGGUGGGCUGUGAGGACGGGGCCCACUCGCUCUGGCAGUGCCCCUCAGCACCCUGGCACCUGCAGAGCUGUGGCACCGAUGGGCACGUCCAUGUGGAGUGUGAGGAGCACAGUGAUGGCAUCACUGAGGGACACACUAGCCCAUAUGCAGAGGGUGACACCAGCACAGGUGUCCCCAGCAGAACGGCCCGGGCAGUGGCCGUGGGGUCUGUGCCUGUGCCCACCGUGCUGUGCGUGGUGCUGGGGACACUGCUGUGCCUGUCCCUGGGUGCCCUGGCCCUGCUGCUGUGCCGUGCCCGUGCCCAACGCCGAGGCCCUGGCAGAGCUGCAGAUGCCAUCUCCAACGCUGUCUAUGAGGAGCUGGAUUACAAAGCCAUGCCCGAGUACCAGGAGGUGCCCACUCCCCCAGGUUCCCUGUUGGAGGGAUGGGUGAAGAAGCUGCCGUCUGACAGCGGGGACAGCGUGCAGGGGAGUGACACCGAGGCAGCCCCAGAUCCCCCUCUGCUUUUCCCAGAUGCCCCUGCCCAGCCCGAUCAAGGAACCCUGGAUGGCUAUGACGAUGUCCUGGAUGUGCCCCAGGAACCCCCUGAUGCCAGCACUGGGGACAUCUCCGAGGCAGUGGCACGGCAGAGGUGGAUCUGUGUCCUCCCCACAGGUGGCAUCUACUCCCCUCCAUGUCACUCAGGAGCCACUGGAGACCCUUCGGAACAGAUCCCAGAGCACAUGGACUAUGAUGAUCACCCCGCGGUGGCAGGGCAGGCGGGCCAUGGCCCCUGCCUGCGGCACGUCGUGCUCCGGGAGGUUGCCGAUGUUGAGGCCGGGCUGCAGCGCCCGGAGGGCGUCCAGUUCGUGCAGCAGGGCCUGGCUGAAUCCGUCCGUGCUCAGCCUGGGCGUGGAGGGGGCAGGAGAAGAGGAGAAGGUGUCGGAGGCGGGCUGGCGGAGGUGCUGCGAGAGGGGCAGGAGGGCGUGGGCUGUGAGGUGGCUGUGAGGGAGGUGCCGGCAGGCGGCAACACCGCAGCCCAUGAGAACUCCCGGGAAACAAUCUCAGAGCCUUCCCAAGGGCACCCAGAGGUAUCCGUGGACCCGGAGAUCUCCUGUCCCUUGUGGCCGGGACAGCAGCCACCCACGCAUCCAGCCAGUGUCCUCCGGUUCGGGUGGCCCGUCCCACCGGGCCCGGUGUGGGCUCCGUGCGGCGGGCGCGUCUGUGAGCGGAGCAGUCCCGGACAGUGCCCGGUGCCGCAGUGCCCGGCAGCGCGGCGGGAUGGGGCAGGGCAGUUCCUCCCGCCGCCGCACAGCGAGGGACCGGGACGUGGUGCCGGGCAGGAAUGGCUGCGGUGCCGGUGGCUGGGCAGCAGCUGCAGUUCCAGCUGCUCCGUUUGCUCUGCGCGGGAGCCCGGGACGAGGGUCCGGGAAGUGGCGAUCGUUUGCACAACAAAGGGCCGGGGAAAUCGUGGUCCCUGGCAGCGGGGAAAUCAGUGGAGCCGCAGCUGUGAAUGGGUGUCAGAGCCAUCAGAGCAAGUGGAUCCCUGCGCUGGGAAUGCCCUGCCAGAGAGUCCUGUGAAGGGCUCCGGGCAGCUGCGUCUGGUGGGCGGCGGCGGGCGCUGUGCCGGGCGCGUGGAGGUGAAGCGCGACGGUGAGUGGGGCUCCGUAUGCUUCUUGGGGCGGGACGGGGAAGCUCGCUGGGCCGAGGUGGUGUGCCGGCAGCUGGGCUGUGGCCGGGUGGCCAGGGCGUCCUCGUCCGCCCCGUUCGGGCAGGGCAGCGGGCGGAUCUGGCUGCAGCCCUUCUUCUGCCGCGGCACCGAGGAUGAGCUGAGGAACUGCUCGCACUUUGGCUGGGGACGGCAUUUCUGCGGCCACCAGCAGGAUGUGGGGGUGAUCUGCACAGAUGCCGUGGAGCUGAGGCUGUCGGGCGGCGGCAAUCCCUGUGCCGGGAGGGUGGAGGUGAAGCUGCAGGGACACUGGGGCUCGGUGGCAGACGACAGCUGGGACAUGAAGGACGCCGAGGUGGUUUGCCAGCAGCUGGGCUGUGGCUCGGCUUCCGGAGCCUACUUCGCCGUCGAGCGCUUUGACGUAGGGGACGGGCUCGUCAGCCUGGCCCUGGUGGACUGCAGUGGCGACGAGGCCACGCUCUGGGACUGCGAGAUCCGUGGCUGGGGACCCUAUAACAGCAGCAUCAAUGACUUGGAGACCGCUGUUGUCUGCCAAGGCUUUUCACGGCUGGUUGGUGGCUAUGGAGGCUGUGCCGGGCGGCUGGAGGUGCGUCAGGGCCAGGCCUGGGUCGGUGUCUGUGAGGAUGAGGUGGACAUGAAGGUGGCCCAGGUGGUGUGCAGGGAGCUGGGCUGCGGUGAGGUGGUCGCGAUCGCCAGCAGUGGCCGUUUUGGGGCAGUGUCGGGAUCGCUCUGGGACGGGGGCUUCCAGUGCAAUGGCAGCGAGCCCCUGCUCAGUGCCUGUGCCCGGCGUCCGCCCCAGAGCCAGGGCUGCACCGGCCCCGCCAGCGUCAUCUGCUCCUCCUACACGGGCUUCCGGCUGGAGAACGGCAGCUCGGGAUGCUCCGGGCGAGUGGAGGUGGCAGUGAGGGGGACGUGGGGCUCGGUGUGCGCCAGCGAGUGGGACCUGGCCGAUGCGCACGUCCUGUGCCGCCACCUGGGCUGCGGCCGCGCCUUCAGCGUGCCCGCGGGAGGCUCCUUCGGCAGCGGGGAGGGGCCGCUGCGGCCGGACGCCUUCGGCUGCAGCGGGAGCGAGCGGCACCUGGGCGAGUGCCCCGUGGCCGUGCUGGGGAAGCCCCCGUGUGCCCCCGGAAACGCCGCCGCCGUCAACUGCUCAGGUGUUGGCUUUGUCCCAUCCCUGAGGCUGGUGGGUGGUCAGAGCUUGUGCGAUGGGCGCUUGGAGGAGACCAUAACCAGCCCAGCCUGGCGCCGUGUGCCUCUGGAGCAGUGGAAGUCAUGGGAUGUGUACAUGGUAUGUGCGGUGCUGGGCUGUGGCCAUCCCAAGGAUGUUUACACUGCCUUGGGUAGCCCUCCUGCAUCGAGCAGCAGCCCUAGCGAGGUGGACAUCAUGACUGAAGAGAUGGACAGCAUUUCGGGCAUGGGCCCUGCAGCAAACAGCAGCCUUGAGGAGAUGGUCAUUGUCUGCUCAGGCAGCCUGCAGGUGAGGCUGGUGGGGAGCCCUGGGCGCUGUGCCGGCCGUGUGGAGGUCUAUUCCGGAGGCAGCUGGAGCUCGGUCUGCGGGGAAGGCUGGGAGCUACAGGACGCGGCCGUUGUGUGCCGGGAGCUGGGCUGUGGCACGGCCCUGGAGGCCCCGGGCUGGGCGCGCUUCGGUGCCGGCACGGGGCCGCUGUGGCCGUACAGCCCCGACUGCUCCGGCUCCGAGGGGUCUCUGUGGGACUGCGGGCGCACGGAACGGCGCGAGUGCGGGAGCGGCGGCGGGGCAGGGGCCGUCUGCUCAGAGCAGCUCUCCGUGCGGCUGGCAGAGGGCCCUGGGCGCUGUGCCGGGUUUCUGGAGGUCUCCUACAAUGGAACCUGGGGCCGCGUGUGCGCCAACGGCAACAGCCCCGGCACUGCUGCCGCCGUCUGCCGCCAGCUGGGCUGUGGUGACAGGGGGCAGCUCUCGGCUGUGCCUGCCCAGGAGCCGACCGAUGCCUGGCUGGCCUGGGUGGGCUGUGAGGAUGGGGCCCGCUCGCUCUGGCAGUGCCCCUCAGCACCCUGGCACCUGCAGAGCUGCAGCCCAGGCGAGCACGUCCAUGUGGAGUGUGAGGAGCACAGUGAUGGCACCACUGAGGGACACACUAGCCCAUAUGCAGAGGGUGGCACCAGUACAGGUGUCCCCAGCAGAACGGCCCUGGCAGUGGCCGUGGCGUCUGUGCCUGUGCCCACUGUGCUGUGCGUGGUGCUGGGGACGCUGCUGUGCCUGUCCCUGGGUGCCCUGGCCCUGCUGCUGUGCCGUGCCCGUGCCCAACGCCGAGGCCCUGGCAGAGCUGCAGAUGCCAUCUCCAACGCUGUCUAUGAGGAGCUGGAUUACAAAGCCAUGCCCGAGUACCAGGAGGUGCCCACUCCCCCAGGUUCCCUGUUGGAGGGAUGGGUGAAGAAGCUGCCGUCUGACAGCGGGGACAGCGUGGAGGGGAGUGACACCGAGGCAGCCCCAGAUCCCCCUGCCCAGCCCGAUCAAGGAACCCUGGAUGGCUAUGACGAUGUCCUGGAUGUGCCCCAGGAACCCCCUGAUGCCAGCACUGGGGACAUCUCCGAGGCAGUGGCACAGCAGAGGUGGAUCUGUGUCCUCCCCACAGGUGGCAUCUACUCCCCUCCAUGUCACCCAGGAACCAACGGAGACCCCUCGGAACGGAUCCCAGAGCACAUGGACUAUGAUGAUGUUGGCAGCAGCACCCUGGGGACAUUGCCAUGAGGAUGUCCUGGCCAUGCUAAAGUCCUGGGGACACGUGUGUGGCACUGUGGUGGGGCCCUGUCCCCAGGGAGGGCUGGCCCUGCCCACAGAGAUCAGCCCUUGCUGUCCAGCGGUGCAGGAAAACCGCUCCUGUGUAGGGAUUUUCUUGGAUUUCAGAGUGAAUUUCCCUUUUUUCCUAUUAAAACCCAAACUGGUCAAAGACUCAA